AUGAAGUAUUACAAAAAUUAUAACACGAGUGAUGUUUUAAAAAAUUUUGAGAAAAAAUUAAAUAAAAAUUAUAAAAUGUUCGAGGAGGAGGAGAUCGAACAAAUGCAUAACGAAUAUGAACGUAAGUUAAAAGAGAAAGAACAAAUUAAGAUAAAAAAAAAAAAUGUAAACAAAAAAAAUGGGAAAUUAUUAUUAAACAAGAAAAAGUUAAAAAAAAAAGGUGGAAGUGGUAAAAAUAAGGACAACGUAGGAAGCAACUUGAGGGAUAGUAGUUUAUCCUCUUUGGAGCUAAAAAAAAAUGAUGCUCAUGGAAGGGAAGAAAAAGAAGAGGAAAAGAGAGAAAAAAAGGAAGAACAAAAAGUAGAUAAUGAUUACGAUAAUGAUAACGAUAAUGAUGAUACUUGUUAUGAUCGUGAUGGGGGCGGGAAGACGAACGAUGAAGGGAGCCUGAACGUUUCAACAUUCGAGGAGCUGGAUAUAUGUGAAGAAAUACUGGAAAGCAUACAUGAGAUGGGGUGGAAGAAGCCAACGCUAAUUCAGCAGAAAAUAUUACCACAUGCUUUUGAAAAAAGAGAUAUCAUAGGAUUAAGCGAAACUGGUAGUGGUAAAACUGCUUGCUUUAUAAUACCUAUAUUACAAGAUUUAAAGAAUAACAAACAAAGUUUUUUUGCUCUAGUUAUAUCCCCUACAAGAGAAUUAUGUAUACAAAUAGCUCAACAUUUCCAGGCCUUAGGAUCUAAUCUACUAAUUAAUAUAUGUACAAUAUUUGGAGGAGUUGAUAUAGUUACUCAGUCAUUGAAUUUAGCAAAAAAACCAAAUAUUAUUGUUAGUACCCCAGGUCGAAUUCUUGAUCACUUAAAUAAUACUAAAGGGUUUAACUUAAAAAAUUUAAAAUAUUUAGUUUUUGAUGAAGCAGAUAAAUUAUUAUCACAAGAUUUUGAAUCUUCUAUAAAUAAAUUAUUACUUAUUUUACCACAUAAGAGAGUAACCUUUUUAUUUUCUGCUACUAUGACAAAAAGUGUAGCAAAAUUAAAAAAAGCUUCUCUUAAAAACCCAGUUAAAAUUGAAGUAUCCAAUAAAUACAGCACAGUUAGCACAUUAGUGGAAAAUUAUAUUUUUAUACCACUAAAAUAUAAAUACACAUAUUUGUGUAGUCUUUGUUUUCAUUUUGAAAGUAGAAGCAUAAUUAUAUUUACAAAUACCUGUGCUUCAGCACAAAAAAUAAAUUUUUUUUGUAGAAACCUAGGCUUGAAAUCUAUUUGUUUACAUGGUAAAUUAACACAAAAUCAACGUUUAAGCAGCUUAAAUUCUUUCAAAAGUAAUAGGUACAAUAUAUUAAUAUCAACACAAGUCGGGGCUAGAGGACUAGACUUAAAAGAUAUUAAGAUUGUUAUCAAUUUUGAUUUAUGUACAUGUAAAGAAUAUAUUCAUAGAGUUGGAAGAACAGCAAGGGCAGGGAGAACAGGCAAAUCUAUUACUUUUGUUACACAGUAUGAUGUCGAAAACUUCUUAGUUAUUGAAAAACAAUUAAAUAAAAAAAUUGAAAAAUUUACCGAUCUGGAUGAAAAUGAUGUGUUAUUGUACAACGAUCAGACAAUCGAAGCACUCCGCUUGGCCGAAAUUGAGAUGAAAGAGAACCAGGAUCUCUUCAGGAAAAACAAAUUCAAAAAAAAGAAGUAG